AUGCCCAGAGGUGCCCUGGUUAAUUCGUCCAGCAAUUCUACUCAAGAACAAGAUUUGGUAAAAGAACUAGAGAAAGAAAUCAACAGGGGGUUCAAGUCCAUAUGGCUUCAACGUCCAGAGCGAUGGACAUAUGAUGCAUCCAUGUUCUUCUGUUGUACUGUAUUCACAACCGUGGGUUAUGGAGAGAUCUAUCCGGUGACCCUGAAUGGUAAGGUGGUCUGUAUCCUGUAUGCCAUGGUGGGUAUCCCCCUCAUGCUCCUGGUCAUCACAGAUGUGGGAGACCUCAUGGCCGUGCUCCUGUCCAGGGCCUACAUCCACCUGCACACUCUUUUCUGCAGGUUGCGUCAAUAUGGCCGCUGGUUCCCCUCCCAUCACACAGAGAAGUCAGGGGAUGGGGGCCAGGGGGACCGCCAGGACGGAACCUACACAUUCAGCCACAAGGUGGUGGUCCGGGAGCCCAUCGACAUCCGACAGGUCCUUCACAGCCAGCAGUCUGUGAAGUGCAAGUCCAACCAGUUGCUGAACAACACAAAGAUCUUUGACUGCAUCAUUGCACAGGAAAACUUCAACAGGCAGGGCCCACUGGUGCGGAGCCUUUCUUGCCAUGAGCUUGACAGCAUGCCUCCCUUGCCCAAGGACUUUGCCAUCUGGGACUUCACAGGCAUCGGGGAGAGUAUGGACAAGCUAAACGUCCCGCUGCUCCUCAUCCUGGUGGUGGUGUUUGCCUACAUCCUGUUUGGAGGCCUCAUCCUGCCCCUGUGGGAGACAGAGUUCAACACCUUUGACGCCUACUACUUUUGCUUCAUCACCCUCACCACCAUUGGCUUCGGUGACAUCGUGCCCAACCACCCCAAGUUCUUCAUGCUCACCUUCGUCUUCAUCAUCACGGGCAUGGCCAUCAUGUCCAUGGCCUUCAAGCUGGGCCAGUCACGCAUCGUCAGCUGUUACCGCCAGUGCAUGCGCUGUAUCAGCGGGGGGAAGGUGAAGAGGUAUGACGAGUUGGAGAGCGACUGA